AUGCAUUGCCAUUUGCUCCCUUGGGAUCUGGAUAUGUGAAGAGCUUGCAGAGUGCACAAGCCACCCGCAGGUGAAAGAGGCCCUCAAUGUGAUAGGUGUGACCUUGAAGUUUCCUAACAAAAUCGUAGCUCAGGUUGCAUGUGAUAUUCUUCAGUUGCUGGUUUCCUACUGGGAAAAGCUUCAGAUGUUUGAAACCUCUCUGCCUCGGAAAAUGGCAGAAAUCCUCGUGGCCACGAUCGCGUUUCUUUUACCAAGUGCAGAGUACUCCUCCAUGGAAACAGAUAAGAAGUUCAUCGUGUCCCUGCUCCUCUGCCUCUUGGACUGGUGCAUGGCACUGCCUGUGAGCACCCUUCUCCACCCUGUGUCCACAGCGGCCCUGGAGGAGCAGCACUCGGGCAGGGCCCCCCUGCUGGAUUACAUCUACCGAGUUCUGCAUUGCUGCGUGUGUGGCUCAAGCACAUAUACACAACAGAGUCACUACACGCUGACCCUGGCUGACUUGUCAUCCACGGAUUAUGACCCCUUCCUGCCACUGGCAAAUGUGAAGUGUUCUGAGCCAGUCCAGUGUCAGUCAUCAGCAGAACUGGGUAACCUGCUGACUGUUGAAGAAGAGAAGAAGAGAAGAAGCUUGGAGUUGAUCCCUCUGACUGCUCGCAUGGUGAUGGCCCACCUGGUGAACCACCUGGGGCACUAUCCCCUCAGUGGGGGACCCGCCAUGCUGCACAGCCUUGUGAGCGAGAACCACGACAACGCCCACGUGGAAGGCUCCGAGCUGUCCUCUGAGGUGUUCAAGAGCCCAAACCUGCAGCUGUUUGUGUUUAAUGACAGCACCCUCAUCUCCUACCUUCAGAUGCCCGCAGAAGGACCAGCUGGCAGGUCACCGGUGGGCGCCCUCUCUGAUGUGAGGGUGAUUGUGAGAGAUAUCUCAGGGAAGUACUCUUGGGAUGGCAAGGUUUUGUAUGGGCCUUUAGAAGGCUGCUUAGCACCCAGUGGGAGAAGCCCUUCAUUUCUGGUUUCGAGCUGGCACCCUCACACACUUGGACCUCAGAAAGAUUCUUCUCAAACUGAGGAAGGAGAUGAUGUCCUUGACAAAUUGCUUGAGAGUAUUGGCCAUGCAAGUCCUGAAUGCCUUUUACCAUCACAGCUAAAUCUAAAUGAGCCUUCGCCACCCCCCUGUGGAAUGAACUGUGACCAAGAGAAGGAAAUCAUUGAGGUCAUUUUGCACCAAAACUCUCAGGAAGAGGAGCAUGUCCAGAAGUGUCACUCUGACUCUGCAUUGAAGGUUACCAGCCAGGGGCAGCCCGCACCAGUAGACCCCCAGGGGCCCUUCUACUUCUGUAGACUGUUGCUCGAUGAUCUGGGAAUGAAUUCUUGGGACAAGAGGAAGAAUUUUCAUCUGUUGAAGAAAAAUUCAAAAUUAUUGAGAGAACUAAAAAACCUGGACUCCCGUCAGUGUCGUGAAACACACAAAAUCGCAGUGUUUUACAUCGCCGAAGGUCAGGAAGACAAGUGUUCCAUCCUCUCCAAUGAAAGAGGAAGCCAAGCAUAUGAAGACUUUGUCGCUGGACUUGGAUGGGAGGUGGAUCUCUCCACCCACUGUGGGUUCAUGGGUGGCCUUCAGCGCAAUGGCAGCACGGGGCAGACUGCGCCUUACUAUGCCACCUCGGCUGUGGAAGUGAUUUUCCACGUUUCCACGCGAAUGCCAUCAGACUCAGAUGAUUCACUCACCAAAAAGCUCCGGCACUUGGGGAAUGAUGAGGUCCACAUCGUCUGGUCUGAGCACUCCAGGGACUACCGCAGGGGCAUCAUCCCAACCGCCUUCGGAGAUGUUUCAAUCAUUAUUUACCCAAUGAAGAAUCACAUGUUCUUUAUCGCGAUAACGAAGAAACCCGAGGUUCCAUUUUUUGGGCCCCUCUUUGAUGGCGCCAUUGUGAGUGGGAAGCUGCUGCCAAGCCUCAUCUGUGCCACAUGCAUCAAUGCCAGCAGGGCCGUGAAGUGCCUCAUCCCACUCUAUCAGAGCUUCUACGAGGAGCGAGCUCUGUAUCUUGAAGCAAUAAUUCAGAACCACCGCGAAGUGAUGACAUUUGAGGAUUUCGCAGCCCAAGUUUUUUCUCCCUCUCCCAGCUUCUCCCUCGGCGGAACGGAUUAAAACACGCAAAAGUCUAAUCACAACACUGGAGCAAGG